GUCUGUCUCCAUGUGGAAAAUCAAAUCUGGGCUCUAGCUUUAGCUUUUGCUAAUGGUUGUCUCUAAUCUCUGAAAGACAAAAAUACCCUUCACGGACAUUGAUGAUGUUAAGAGCCUGCUCUUGUAAGUGCCAUGUGUGGUGUGGCUAACUACUUUCCAGAAUGAUAUUGUAAGGGUACGGAUCAUUUGCCAUUUCUAUCUCUUCUGAAUUUUUGUCCUCAAUUUCCUACAUUUUCUUCCUCUUCUUCAGUUUCUCUUCAUUCUUCAAAGAUCCAACUUUACUGUUCUCUCUUUGCCUUUCAAGUUUCAAUCUCUUUCCUUUUUCUUUCUUUUUCAGUCAUUGCUCACCACUGUGAAGGAAUUACUCCAGUGUGUGUGUGCAAGGCUCCAUGCUGUCUAAAUUUUGAGUUUUUUCUUUGUUUUUGGUCACUUCCAUGCAAGAUUUGAAAUGGGUGUUUCAAGAACCAGCCAGUGAUGCUAAAAUGAAGCUAUUAUUCUCUUUUUUGCCUGGUUAGUAUGGUUCUUGAUGAAGCAAAAUGCAACUCUGCAGAUCUGCUACCAUGAGAAACAACUACAUAAAGCUUGUUUUAGUACUGCUUUGUCUUGUUUCUGUGGUUUACAGUGAUACAGAUCCCAACGACUGGACUAUUCUCAAAGCAUUCAGAGAUGGGUUAGAGAACCCAGAGCUCUUGGAGUGGCCUGCGACUGGUGAUGACCCAUGUGGCCAAUCCUGGAAGCAUGUUCAAUGUGUUGGUUCAAGGGUCUCUCAAAUUCAGGUACAAAAUAUGAGUUUGAAGGGCUCUUUGCCUCAGAACCUCAACCAGCUCAUCAUGCUCAAUAACUUAGGCCUCCAGAGGAACCAAUUUUCUGGGCCUUUACCAUCCUUCAGUGGUUUAUCGAAACUGCAGUAUGCUUAUUUGGAUUACAAUCAGUUCGAUUCUGUCCCAUCUGACUUCUUUGUAGGUUUAGAGAGUUUGCAAUUCUUGGCAUUGGAUAACAACCCUUUCAAUGCCACUGGGUGGACAUUCCCCAUGGACCUGAAUGUUUCUUCACAAUUGACCAAUCUUUCUUGUAUGAAUUGUAAUUUGGCUGGUCCACUGCCUGAUUUUCUAGGGAGCUUGUUCUCUCUGCGGAACCUGAAACUCUCAGGCAAUAAUUUAUCAGGAGAAAUUCCGCUGAGCUUCGGUGUUUUGCCUCUACAGAAUCUAUGGCUAAAUGAUCAAAAAGGCGGUGGCUUGAGUGGUACAAUUGAUGUGGUGGCAACUAUGGAAUCGGUAAGUGUUCUGUGGCUUCAUGGGAAUCAGUUCACAGGUAAAAUUCCAAAGAGCAUUGGUAAUCUGACUCAUUUGAAGGAUCUCAAUCUGAAUAGUAAUAGACUUGUUGGAUUAAUUCCUGAUAGCUUGAAAAAUAUGCCACUAGAGCAUUUAGAUUUGAACAAUAAUCAGCUAAUGGGCCCAAUUCCUGAGUUUAAGGCAGCUAAGGCGUCUUGUACUUCAAAUUCCUUUUGUCAAUCCACUGCAGGGGUUCCUUGUGCCCCAGAAGUUAUGGCACUUUUAGAUUUCCUUGAUGGGUUGAAUUUUCCUCCUAGACUUGUUUCUUCAUGGACUGGUAAUGAUCCAUGUUCAGUAUGGAUGGGGGUGACUUGUGAUUCCAAUAAGGUGCAUUCCAUUGCUUUGCCUAAAUAUAAUCUUAGUGGUACCUUGAGUCCUUCAGUUGCAAAACUAGGUUCUCUUCAGCAAAUUAAACUUGGGGGCAACAAUCUUAGUGGUCCAGUUCCAACAAAUUGGACUUCCUUGACCUCUUUGGAAACCUUGGAUCUUAGUAACAACAACAUUUCCCCUCCAUUUCCAAGAUUCCCUACCACUGUGAAGCUAGUCAUUGAUGGCAAUCCUCUAUUAGCAGGUGGUAAGCCAGCCCCAUCCCCUGAUAACAAUCCUUCUUCUGGAAGUUCAAAUUCACCUAAACCCCCAUCACAAACCAAAGGCAUAAAUUCUAAUCCUGGUGAUUCUGUAGAACCAGCAAAACAGAAAAGCAAGGGCUCCACAUUGGUUGCAAUUGUAGCUCCUGUUGCAAGUGUUGCAUUUGCUGCUAUUCUGAUCAUUCCUCUAUCCAUUUACUAUUGUAAGAAGAGAAAAGACACGUCCCAGGCUCCAACUUCCCUAGUCAUUCACCCAAGAGAUCCAUCUGAUUCAGAUAACAUGGUUAAGAUUGUUGUUGCCAAUAACACCAACGGAAGCACUUCAACAUUAACAGGGAGUGGUUCUGCAAGCAGAAAUAGUAGUGGUAUUGGUGAGUCUCAUGUCAUCGAAGCAGGAAAUCUGGUCAUAUCAAUUCAAGUUCUUAGAAACGUGACAAAGAAUUUUUGCCCGGAGAAUGAGCUUGGCCGUGGUGGCUUUGGAGUGGUUUAUAAAGGGGAAUUGGAUGAUGGGACAAAAAUAGCAGUAAAAAGAAUGGAGUCUGGUGUGAUUAGCAGCAAAGCCUUGGAUGAAUUUCAGGCUGAGAUUGCUGUUCUUUCAAAGGUCCGACAUCGUCAUUUAGUAUCACUUUUGGGUUAUUCAAUUGCAGGCAAUGAGAGAAUCCUUGUUUAUGAGUAUAUGCCUCAAGGAGCUCUCAGUAAGCAUCUUUUCCACUGGAAGAGCCUGAAAUUGGAGCCUCUUUCUUGGAAGAGGAGACUAAAUAUUGCCUUGGAUGUUGCUAGAGGAAUGGAAUAUCUUCAUAAUCUAGCUCACAGAAGCUUCAUACAUAGAGAUCUUAAAUCAUCAAAUAUCUUACUUGGUGAUGAUUUCAGGGCAAAAGUUUCAGAUUUUGGAUUGGUGAAACUUGCUCCUGAAGGGGAGAAAUCUAUGGUGACCAGGCUUGCUGGGACUUUUGGAUACUUGGCACCAGAAUAUGCUGUGACGGGAAAAGUCACAACCAAGGUUGAUGUCUUCAGCUUUGGGGUUGUGUUAAUGGAGCUGCUGACUGGGUUGAUGGCACUCGAUGAGGACAGACCAGAGGAAAGUCAAUACCUGGCUGCAUGGUUCUGGCACAUCAAAUCAGAUAAGCAGAAACUUAGGGCUGCCAUUGACCCUGCCCUUGAUGUCAAAGAUGAAACAUUUGAGAGUAUUUCCAUCAUUGCUGAACUUGCUGGGCACUGCACAGCAAGAGAGCCCAGCCAAAGGCCGGAUAUGAGCCAUGCAGUGAAUGUACUAGCCCCUCUUGUUGAAAAAUGGAAACCAUUGGACGAUGAUAUAGAAGAAUAUUGCGGUAUUGAUUAUAGCCUACCACUUAACCAGAUGGUGAAGGGCUGGCAGGAAGCAGAAGGGAAAGAUUUCAGUUAUGUGGACCUAGAAGACAGCAAGAGUAGUAUCCCAGCAAGGCCAACAGGCUUUGCAGAGUCUUUCACUUCCGCAGAUGGUCGGUAAAAGAGGUUUUUUUUUCACUGCCUUUCUUUAUCGGGUGUUCUUUUGGUAGGUAGUAUGUUCUGUUGUUUUUGUUUCUGAAUUUAAUGUCAAUAUGCUGUACUGUCAAUGCAUAAUAUGGUGGAUUGUGCAUUCCAAACAUUUCAGAGCAUUCAUGUAGGCUUUGAAUUUUUAGUUGUGAGAUUGCUAUUGGUGACGUAGAUAGAGAACAAUGAUAAAUGCAAACUUCUUGUUUGAUUA